AUGAAGUUUUAUAUAGAUGAUUUGCCAGUACUGUUUCCCUACCCCAAGAUAUAUCCCGAGCAAUAUCGGUAUAUGUGUGAUAUCAAGAAGACUUUGGACGCUGGCGGAAACAGUAUAUUAGAAAUGCCGUCAGGAACUGGCAAAACUGUUUCGCUGCUAUCAUUGACAAUUGCAUAUCAGAUGCACUAUCCGGAGCAUCGAAAGAUCAUAUAUUGUUCACGUACUAUGUCGGAGAUCGAAAAAGCCUUAGUAGAGCUGGAGAAUUUGAUGGACUAUAGAAGCAGGGAAUUGGGAUUUCGUGAGGACUUCCGUGGGCUAGGGUUGACGUCCAGAAAAAAUCUAUGCCUGCAUCCCCAAGUGAGCAAAGAAAGGAAAGGCACUGUGGUAGAUGAGAAAUGCCGUCGUAUGACUAGUGGCCAAGCUAAACGUAAGCUAGAGAGCGAUCCAGAUGCGAAAGUGGAACUAUGUGAGUAUCACGAGAAUCUUUAUGAUCUAGAGGUCGAGAAUUAUAUUCCAAAGGGCGUAUAUUCCUUUGAAAAACUGAUUAGGUAUUGCGAAGAGAAUACCCUCUGUCCAUAUUUUAUCGUUCGUAGAAUGAUUUCACUUUGUAAUAUAAUCAUUUACUCGUACCAUUAUCUUCUAGAUCCAAAAAUUGCUGAAAGAGUUUCAAAUGAGGUUUCUAAAGAUGGUAUUGUUAUAUUCGAUGAAGCCCAUAACAUUGAUAACGUGUGCAUUGAAUCACUUUCUCUAGAUUUAACUAAUGAUGUGCUUAAAAGAGCUGGUAAAGGUGCCAAUGCAUUAGAACAUAGGAUACAAGAGGUCCGUAAAGUUGAUUCUCGAAAAUUACAAGAAGAAUAUGAGAAGUUAGUGCAAGGACUACAUACUGCAGAUAUUCUCGAUCAGGGAGAAGAACCGGCUCUGGAAACUCCAAUAUUAUCGGAAGAUUUGCUGACAGAAGCAGUACCCGGGAAUAUUAGAAGAGCAGAACAUUUCGUGUCUUUCUUAAAAAGAUUAAUCGAGUAUUUAAAAACAAGGAUGAAAGUUUUGCAUGUCAUUUCUGAAACUCCCAAAUCUUUUCUGCAACAUUUGAAGCAGCUGACGUUCAUUGAUAGAAAGCCGCUAAGAUUUUGCUCCGAACGAUUAUCGCUUUUAGUCAGAACACUGGAAGUGACAGAAAUCGAGGACUUCACUGCUCUAAAAGAUAUUGCCACCUUUGCAACACUUGUAUCCACUUAUGAAGACGGUUUUUUAUUGAUUAUUGAGCCGUAUGAAAUUGAAAAUGCAGCGGUUCCAAAUCCAAUAAUGAGAUUUACCUGUUUAGAUGCAUCAAUCGCCAUAAAGCCUGUUUUCGAGAGGUUUUCUUCAGUGAUUAUAACGUCUGGGACCAUUUCCCCGUUAGACAUGUAUCCUAGAAUGCUAAAUUUUCAGACAGUUUUACAGAAGUCUUACGCUAUGACUUUGGCCAAAAAAUCAUUUUUGCCAAUGAUCGUUACCAAGGGUUCAGAUCAAGUGGCCAUAUCAUCAAGGUUUGAAAUUAGAAAUGAUCCUAGUAUUGUUCGUAACUAUGGUUCAAUGCUGGUAGAGUUCGCAAAAAUCACACCAGAUGGUAUGGUUGUUUUUUUCCCCUCUUAUCUAUACAUGGAAAGUAUCAUCUCCAUGUGGCAAACGAUGGGCAUACUCGAUGAAGUAUGGAAACAUAAGCUAAUUCUUGUUGAAACUCCUGAUGCGCAAGAAACUUCGCUUGCGCUAGAAACAUACAGAAAGGCUUGUUCCAAUGGUAGGGGUGCGAUAUUAUUGUCUGUUGCUCGUGGUAAAGUUUCAGAGGGCAUUGAUUUCGAUCAUCAUUAUGGUAGAACAGUUCUGAUGAUAGGCAUUCCAUUUCAGUAUACAGAAUCUCGUAUCUUGAAGGCGCGACUAGAGUUUUUAAGAGAGAAUUAUCAAAUCAGAGAGAAUGAUUUUCUUUCUUUUGAUGCUAUGAGGCAUGCCGCCCAAUGCCUGGGUAGAGUCUUAAGAGGUAAAGAUGACUACGGCGUAAUGGUGCUAGCCGAUCGUCGUUUUUCCAGAAAGAGGAAUCAGUUGCCCAAAUGGAUAUCACAAGGUCUUUCUGAUGCAGACCUCAAUUUGUCCACCGAUAUGGCUAUUGCGAAUACGAAGCAGUUUUUAAGAACAAUGGCUCAACCUACCGAUCCGAAAGAUCAAGAGGGUGUCUCCGUUUGGCGAUAUGAAGAACUGCUGCGGCACCAGCAGGAAGAAAAGAGCAAAAAAAUAAAUGAAACUGCAAACGGCAUCGCCUAUACUGAGCUUGAUGCAGUGGCAGAUAUUGAGAUGGUUUAA